GUAGAAGGACCCAACAAGAUGCCUUUUAUCGUUUAAGAUGAACGAUUUGAAUGUACAUAGACAAAAAUGAACGAAGAAACAUAGUACAGGGACUUAUAUUAGGCUUUAACACAAUUAAUGUUCAUUUUCCAUUUUUUCACCGCACACGUGGCACGUGGUCCUGAGCCGACUGCACUUGAAAACUUCUACGCAGUUCAACAGGAUUCCCAUUUUAGAUUUGGUACAGAAGUUAUCUCGUCCUUCACUUUAUCUCUGUCUGUCAACCCUAAUGUCUCCCCUGUUUUCAACAACCCAACUCCUUCCAAAUCUCCGUCCUCUCACCGUAAAACUGAUGGGAUUUCGUUCUUCCAUGUCAAGAUUUGGAGUGCAUGUCCAGAGAGGAUUUGCGGUGAAACCUUUUCCAGGAGCUGUUGAAGAUCCAUAACCAUCAUCUGGUGAGCGUUAGAUCUAUCUACUCUCUUCCCGUUAAAUAUUUAUUGAGAGUGGUGUUUGUUUAUGUAAGUUUGUGUAUAUCUUGUUAUUGUAUGUGGUAUUACUUUCUGGCAGUAGUAUGGAGAUUCUUGUUUAAAAAGGUUUUUUGAUGCUUCAUCUGAUUAUAGUUAGCUACUAUGUAGAUCUGUAGGAUUAGUGAUCUCUCCAUCCCUUGGAAUCUUGGGUGUGAAAUGUUUCUAAUGUAGAUUUUUGGAAAAUGCUGCCUUUUUAAACAAUAAUGAGAGGCUCCUGCAUCCUAAGAUGCAAGUGAACAUAACACUAAAUCAAAAACGAGAAUGCUAUGAAGAAGAGAUGGAAUAUUGCUUGUAUAUAAAACAAGAAUAUUUUUAGAAGUUUGGUUCAAACUGUUUCUAGCCACUGUAUCAUAUGUGAAUUUAUCAAAAAAACCUGUGAAAUGCAUCACCAAUGUGUAUAUGUGCUCAACAUAUCAUAUUCUAGUGUAGGUUCAACACUCAUACCCAGACCUUUUUUAGUGUCUACUUAAGUUUCUCCAACAUCUUUACAACAUCUUUCAUGUCUGGCCGGUUUCCUGGAAUAAUGUCUCAGCACUUCUUGAUCAGAUCUGUAAUCUCAAUUGCUGUCUUCUCUGAACACCCUGGAGUAAUUUUCCAUAAACUACAUGACCAGAUUUUCAAUUUGCAAUAGCAACUAUGUGUCCUGGGUCUUCUGAAUGUUUGUCAUCU